AUGGAAGAUGGUCCUGUUUCCUAUGGCUUUAAAAACAUUUUUGUUACAAUGUUUGCUACUUUUUUUUUCUUCAAACUUUUAAUCAAAGUGUUUUUGGCUCUCCUAACUCAUUUCUAUAUCGUCAAAGGAAAUAGAAAAGAAGCGGCUAGGAUAGCAGAAGAGAUCUAUGGUGGAAUUUCAGAUUGCUGGGCUGAUCGAUCCCCACUUCAUGAAGCUGCGGCCCAGGGGCGCUUACUGGCCCUUAAAACUUUAAUUGCACAAGGUGUCAACGUGAACCUCGUGACAAUUAACCGGGUCUCUUCGCUCCACGAGGCGUGCCUCGGAGGUCACGUGGCCUGCGCUAAAGCCUUAUUGGAAAAGGGCGCGCACGUCAACGGAGUGACGGUCCACGGAGCCACGCCCCUCUUCAACGCGUGCCGGAGCGGCAGUGCUGCGUGCGUCCACGUGCUGCUGGAGUUUGGAGCCAAGGCCCAGCUGGAGGCGCACUUGGCUUCACCCAUCCACGAGGCAGUGAAGAGAGGUCAUAGAGAGUGCAUGGAGAUUCUUCUGGCAAAUAACGUUAACAUUGACCAAGAAGUGCCCCAGCUUGGAACUCCCCUGUAUGUGGCCUGCACCUACCAGAGGGUAGACUGUGUGAAGAAACUUCUAGAAUUAGGAGCCAGCGUGGACCGCGGCCAGAGUCUGGACACCCCGCUCCACGCCGCUGCGAGGCAGUCCAGCGUGGAAGUCGUCCACCUGCUAGCGGACUAUGGGGCUCCCCUGAAGUGCAGAAAUGCCGAGGGGAAAAGUGCGUUGGAUCUGGCGGCUCCAAAAAGCGGUGUGGAGCAGGCCCUCCUGCUCCGGGAAGGCCCGCCUGCUCUCUCCCAGCUCUGUCGCCUGUGUGUCCGGAAGUGCUUGGGCCGAGCGUGUCGUCAAACCAUCCGUGAACUGCAUCUGCCGGAGCUGCUGGAAAGAUUCCUGCUAUACCGGUAG